GGUAAUCUCGUUACGAUAACAAUCGCAUGGCCAAUGGCCGUGUUCAAAAUUCCCGUGUUUACUGUCAAUCUGUCAAGUUCUAAUGCAACCGCAAAGAAUUAUUUAUUAUUGAUUAAACUUUUGUAGUUAGCUACAUAAUAAAUGUUAGAACAUACAGAAGUUUCUAGAAAACUAGUUAGCGAUGUUUAAGAAUACUUUUCAAUCAGGGUUCCUCUCAAUCCUUUACAGCAUAGGUAGUAAACCUUUGCAAAUCUGGGAUAAAAAAGUGAGAAAUGGGCACAUAAAGAGAAUAACGGACAAUGAUAUACAGAGUCUGGUGCUGGAAAUAGUCGGAACAAAUGUCAGCACUACAUACAUCACUUGUCCGGCGGACCCGAAGAAAACCCUCGGAAUUAAACUGCCGUUUUUGGUUAUGAUCAUUAAAAAUCUCAAAAAGUACUUCACUUUUGAAGUUCAGGUGCUUGAUGACAAGAAUGUCCGGAGAAGGUUUCGGGCCAGCAAUUACCAAUCUACGACCAGAGUGAAGCCCUUUAUCUGUACGAUGCCCAUGAGACUGGACGAAGGCUGGAAUCAAAUACAAUUCAACCUUGCAGAUUUUACGAGGAGAGCCUAUGGUACUAACUAUGUAGAAACUUUGAGAGUACAAAUACAUGCUAAUUGUCGCAUAAGAAGAGUAUACUUCUCAGAUAGGUUGUAUUCUGAAGAUGAGCUCCCUGCAGAAUUCAAGCUGUUCCUGCCCAUCCAAAAUAAAGCUAAGGCAGCGGUUGCUACAUAAAAUGUAAAAUUAUAAUGUUACCUUAGUAAAUGUAUUUUAUAAGUCUUAUUUUAUUUUAUUAUUGUCUCACAACAAUUUUCGAUACUUGUACUUAGUGUGUAUGACCCACCAAAAUAAAUACGCACAAAUAUA